AUGCCACAUGCUUUAGAAUCUGCGCUGGAGCGGGAUAAAGAAGUCUUUAUCCCUAGUUCCACCUUGCUUCAGGGCAAAGCACCCAUCUCAGGGAUGCCUAAGAAGCAGAACUCUCCCUCAAUCCUGGACAAGAGAGCGGUUCCCCCGAGCAGCCACUUGCACGUUCAUCUCUGGCCUCCGGGAGCGAACCCUCCGAGAGGGGCGGGCGGUCAGCGCGGCUUUCCUAACGACGCGAGGGGGGCCCUGGACAUCUCCAGGGCUGGGGGCGCCGGAAACACGUGUGUGCUCACCUACGUGUACACACGUGAGCACACCUACAGCAGCAGGGGGCUCUGGGGCCGGCAGGGGGCAGCACACACCCGAUUUGCAACUGCCCGGCGCAGCCCCGAGGGAGGAGGGCGUGCUGCAGUCCCGGCGGCGGCGGCGGCGGCGGCGGCGGCGGGCUGGAGUGGCGGGCCCCUGCUCACCGGCGGCGCGGCCGUGCACAUCUCCGCCGCCGGCGCGGCCAAGGCCACCCUCUACUGCCGCGUCUUCCUGCUCGACGGGACCGAAGUGAGCGUGGACCUGCCGAAACAUGCCAAAGGCCAGGAUUUGUUUGAUCAGAUCGUGUACCACUUGGACCUCGUGGAAACAGAUUACUUUGGCCUCCAGUUCCUCGACUCGGCCCAGGUCGCGCACUGGCUGGAUCAUUCCAAACCCAUAAAGAAGCAGAUGAAAAUUGGACCUGCAUAUGCUUUGCACUUUCGAGUUAAAUAUUAUUCUUCAGAACCGAACAACCUUCGAGAAGAGUUUACAAGGUACCUGUUUGUUUUACAACUCAGGCAUGACAUUCUUUCUGGAAAAUUGAAGUGCCCCUAUGAAACAGCUGUGGAACUAGCUGCUCUGUGUCUGCAAGCGGAGCUUGGGGAGUGUGAGCUUCCAGAACACACACCAGAGCUUGUGUCUGAGUUUCGGUUCAUUCCAAAUCAGACAGAAGCGAUGGAAUUUGAUAUCUUCCAAAGAUGGAAAGAGUGCAGGGGAAAGAGCCCUGCCCAGGCGGAACUCUCCUAUCUGAAUAAAGCGAAGUGGCUGGAAAUGUAUGGGGUAGACAUGCACGUUGUCAGGGGAAGAGAUGGCUGUGAAUAUUCUCUUGGACUGACCCCGACAGGCAUAUUAAUCUUUGAAGGAGCUAACAAAAUAGGCUUAUUCUUUUGGCCUAAGAUUACCAAAAUGGAUUUUAAAAAGAGCAAACUAACACUCGUGGUGGUGGAGGACGAUGAUCAGGGUCGUGAGCAGGAGCACACCUUUGUGUUCCGGUUGGACAGCGCCCGUACCUGCAAGCACCUGUGGAAGUGUGCGGUAGAGCACCAUGCUUUCUUCCGCCUGCGCACACCCGGGAAUGGCAAGUCCAACAGAUCUGACUUCAUCCGGCUGGGCUCCCGCUUCCGGUUUAGCGGGCGGACAGAAUAUCAAGCUACACAUGGCGCCAGGCUGCGAAGGACCAGCACCUUUGAGAGGAAGCCUAGCAAACGUUACCCAUCCCGGAGACAUUCCACGUUCAAAGCAAGCAACCCAGUGAUAGCUGCUCAGCUCUGCGCUAAAACAAAUCCUGAGGUUCACAAUUAUCAGCCUCCGUACCAUCCUAAUGUCCACUCCAGCCAACCCCGGUGGCACCCCCACUCUCCAAAUGUCAGCUACCCGCUCCCCUCCCCUUUGCUCAGUCCCUCGGACCGGCUGCCCUUUGGCAUCGAGGAGAACGGGGGUACACCAUUCCCUCCAAAAGCUUCUGGAAGACAUCACCACCAGCACCAGCAUCAUUCCAACUAUGGCCUCUCAUUGACCCUGGAGAACAAAGAGGGGCCAUUAAGGUCCCCAAACUCCAGCAGCAAGUCCCUUACCAAACUGAGUCCAGGAGCACCUGCCCUGUUCAGUGAAGCUGCUGCCCAUCUGAAGAAGCUGGAACUGGAGACAGUGAAGGCUGCUGGGCCGUGGCCUGCUCUGCAUAUCAACAUCAAUAAGGCUGAAGAGAAGAAAGUUUCUGAGAAGACUCUGCAGACCCCACUGCUGCCUUCCCCCGUGGCUGAGCAUGUUAAGUGCAACAUCUUGAAGGCACAGUUGGAGAAUGCUUCCAGGGUGAAUGCUCAGAUUGGAAAAGAGGAGCCAACGUUUAUAAAUAUCAGUAAGAAAUCCAGUCUUCAGGAUGCUAACGUGAGAAGUCCUAUCCCAAUACGCGUGGAAACCGCCCAACCAGCUGUGGAAAAACCAGAAAUCAAGCCUCCCCGCGUGAGGAAGUUAACGAGACAAUAUAGUUUUGAUGAAGACGACCUCCCUCCAGACCUGGCUGAGGCAGUAGGAGCCACGACCACAAAUACCACAACUGCCACCACGCAAAUCUCAGUGCCGCUGGCAUCCCCCAAGGUCCAGAAAGUCACCUCACCUCAGAAGUCAGAAGGCAAGAACCCACUGUCCCCAGGGGCCAAGAGCCCCUGUGACCGAGCAGGCGCCUUCACUUUGGAGCCUGGUGACCUUCUGAUGGAUUUCACAGAAGCAACACCUCUGGCAGAGCCCGCCAGCAACCCCCACUGUGCCCACCCUCGCUGCUCUCCUCCACUCUCUCUCCCCAUGAAGGAAGAGACCACUGGAGUUUGCAUGUAUCCUCCAAUCAAAACGAGGCUGAUAAAAACAUUCCCAGCUGACCCACUGAGCCCGUUUCCUGAUCCUUUUACUACGGGGCCACCGUUUACCGCAGACUUUAGAGACAGUAAAUUACAAUGCUGUCCUGGCCAGUCUUCCCCACUGAUUCCAGCAGCGACCCUGAGGCCUUUGACAGAGACCGUGUCCACAGUGCAGACCAUCUAUACCACCCGGAAGCCUGUCUCCCUGGCAGCCAGUGCUGAGACACUCCGACAGGAACUGGAGAGAGAGAAAAUGAUGAAAAGACUGCUGAUGACUGAACUGUGACACUCCUCUUGUCGCCUGGAAGAUGGCACCGUGCCUUCUGUCCAUUUCCUU